AGAWGGARUCAAAAMGAGUCAACARAAUCAAUCAUUUUUCCUAAUGACAAACCUACGUCURAUGUUAGUCAGCUACGUCACUCCAGAACGAUUUAACAUAUCAACGGCAACAGAAAAUUUAAAGAGAGGUUUGUCAUUCUCAGUUGAGGACUGGAGCAUUCAGGCAGCUUGUUAUUGCAGCGGACAAGCAUCAACUUGCCAGAAUGAUACUCACUGUGUAUGCGAGAGAAACACGGCUGGACGAAACUGUGAGAAAUGUUUGCCUCUCUUCAAUAACAGACCCUAUGAAAUAUGGAAAGAAUGUCAAGAUUGCGGUUGCAAUAAUCAUGCGCAAAGCUGUCAUUACAAUGCAACCAAGGGGCAUGGAGUCUGUGAUAAUUGUGCUCAUAACACCACUGGGGACAAAUGCCAGCUAUGCAAAGUAGAAAACUAUAGGAAUGGUGCAGUCAUGAAGAACCACUCGSAGACAUGCCUACCAUGUGGAUGUGACCUUAACGGUGUACCCAACGUAUGGAAUCGUACACACUGCCAUCUCAUGACAGGACAGUGCCAGUGUAAGCAAAGGGUACAUGGAAGAGCAUGUGAUACAUGCAAACCAACAUAUUGGAAUCUGAAGGAUACUAAUUCACUUGGCUGUGAAGAAUGCAAUUGUUCCGACAUAGGAACUAUGAAUGCCUCUCAGCUAUGCAAUGCUGCAAAUAAUGGGCAGUGCCCCUGCAAAGCAAAUGUUGAUGGUCGAACCUGCAAUAAAUGCAAGGAUGGGUACUACAAUCUAACUGCUCAUAAUCCCCAUGGAUGCUUAGCGUGUAACUGCCAUUUGGCUGGAUCUGUUGGUGUUUCAUGUAACUCUACAGGUGGAUGYUCCUGCCGUCCAAAAUUUUACGGACUGAAAUGUGAAAAACUUGAAGAAGGUUUUUACGCGGCUGGUCAUUCCGACUUGAGUUUUGAAGCAGAAGAUGCAAGUUUUGAACCAAAACAGGAAUACGUCAAAUAURCAGUUUAUGACUCUCAGCAAACAUUGACUGUUGGCGUUACUUUGAUGGAAAGCAAUGACGUUGCAAAUCCAACUAAAAUGGAAUUGAUGGCUAAGCUUCCAACAACAGCCUUUUACUCACCCUUUACCAGAUAUAUGACAUCGUCGGACUGGUACAACGUGAAGAUCACUUUGGAGCUUCGCUCUAUAUUUACUCCAUUCUCCUGCGAUGGAGGAAAGACGAACAUUACGAGAAACAAACCUUAUGUGUUCCUUGCCAAUGCUUCAGCGGCAAGCGAAUCUGUCACCUUUGCCAGUGGUAUCUGUUUACGAAGUGGUGAAUACUCUGUAGUUCUUGAGCUUACACCGGGUAGUUCUGGAGGUAAMAAGAAUGCAACGAUAACGCUUGAUUCGGUGGGAUUUAUUCCAACUGUUUCAAUGUACGAUCUGUAUAAAUUCGUGGGCGAGGAAAUKCAGAAAAACAUCUCGUUUUACUACAAACAAGCGCUUUCUGGAGCCAGAUCUUGGUCAAUGCACUCGAGGUAUGGUUGUCAAGCUCUGUCUGGAUUUUAUGGGUACAUUUUCGGUGAAGGUCAAGCAUGUUCGUGUAACGCAACUGGCAGCAACAACCCUGAUGUGUGUGACCAGUGUGGUGGACAAUGUUCCUGUAAGCCAAACGUUAUUCGACGAACGUGUGACAGAUGCAGACCUGACUACUUCAAUUUUACUUCCGGCUAUGGAUGCCAAGCUUGCUUAUGUCACGCAAAGGGUUCAAAUCGUACUUCGUGUCACGCAACAACAGGCCAGUGUGACUGUAAAGCCAACGUUAUCAACAGGCAAUGUUCAGCAUGUAAACCAARUUACUACAAUCUUAAUAGUGRAAAUGGGUGUUUACCAUGUAACUGUAUGGCUGAUUAUUCKAUGAGUCUGCAGUGUCACGCAGAUACUGGUGUUUGCUCAUGUAAACAAGGAGUUGGAGGAACAAAAUGUACAGAAUGUAAAGAUACGUUCUACAACCUAACUACAGAAGGAUGUACAGAAUGCAACUGUAAUGACGCUGGUAGUCACAACCUUACUUGUCAUAAGACAUCAGGGAAGUGUUUCUGUAAAGAGCAUUCAAUGGGAAGGACUUGCGACAGAUGCCCUGGUGGUUACUAUGGAUUAGGGUCAUCACACCCUAAAGGCUGUCUUCAGUGUCAGUGUUCUAACAAGACCAGUAAUUGUAGUACCGCAGAAGGCUGGAAAGAUACUGAGGUUUCUAGCAGUUUUGUAUUAAAUUCAAACUUCGCAGGCUCGGAUGGAUGGCUCGUAAAAAGUGCUGAUGGACAAACACUGGAAACUCCACCUUGGAAGGUCGAACCUUCAUUGUCUGCAGGUUUAGUAAAUAAUUUUAUGGGAUUUAUCCGAACGAAAGCUAGCGAUGAACGGUACUUUUCUGCUCCAGCAAAGUACGUCAAAGAAGGAAGAUUUGCGUACACGUACACRAUGUCCUUCAGGCUUAGACAAGAUAAUCACACCUCUCCCGAGAAUUCUAUAAAGGGCGAUGUCAUUCUAAAAGGAAAAGGAUUUAAUCAGCCGAUCGUUUAUCGAUUACCAUCACCUCCUGUUUCAACAAGGUUUACGGCAUACACGAUCAAAUUCAUCGAAAGUGAUUGGUUCGUUAACACUACACAAGGACGACGCCCUACGAGCAGUGAGAUUGUAGCAGUUUUAAGUACCUUGGAGUACAUCUACAUUAGAGCAAAGUGGUCGACACUAACGGACAAAGUGACACGUCUUGCGGACAUAAAAAUGAAAUUCAGCAACAAAACCAACCAAGGAAAAACCGCAUACAACGUUGAAACCUGUAACUGCCCUAAUGAAUAUCAGGGACAGUUCUGUGAACGCUGUGCCCCAGGAUUCACAAGAGCCACGCCCAAUGGGGGUGCUUACGUUGAUUGUGUACCAUGCAACUGCAAUGGACACUCCGCUACCUGUGAUCCGGAGUCUGGAGUGUGUUCAGGCUGUCAGCACAAUACCACAGGAAAACACUGUGAACUUUGUGCUGAUGGUCUCUAUGGAAAGGCAACCCAUGGUACAGCCAAUGACUGUAAGCCAUGCCCAUGCCCUGGCGGUCCCUUCUCAACCAAUCAGUUCUCACCAACCUGUAUUCUGGGCGGUGAUGGAAACCCUACUUGUAAUAACUGUACAGAAGGACACCAUGGAAGACGCUGUGAGAAGUGUACAAAUGGCUACUUUGGUUCACCAAUGGAUGCUAAUGGCAAAUGUCGCAAAUGUAACUGUAACGGCAACGUGGACGCAAACAUUGAAGGGAACUGUAACACAACGACAGGAGAGUGUAGCAACUGCGGCUACAACACCACUGGAUCCAACUGUGAGAAGUGCGCUCCUAAUUACUAUGGCAACGCUCUAAACAGAACUUGUUCAGUUUGCAAGUGCGAUAAGACAGGCACACGAACUGGAGUACCAUGUAAUCACACCACUGGCCAGUGCGCAUGUCUGCCACACGUCACGGGCAAGUCAUGUGACCGUUGUGAAGCAAAUGCAUUUAAUUUCUCAAGUGGUUUGGGAUGCUCGAUGUGUAAUUGUCAUCUUAAUGGUGCCAAUAAGACGCAGUGUAAUGAGACAACUGGUGUAUGUGAAUGUAGGACCAACGUUGAAGGUGACAAAUGCGACAGUUGUGUUCCUGGUUUUUACGGAGUACAUCUUUCACCACCGUGUCAGGAGUGCAACUGCAGCAGUAAUAACACGCUCAAUAAUACAGAUUGUGAUGUCGUUACUGGUCAGUGUCAGUGCAAAGUUAGUCUAGGUGGUGCCAAAUAUGGUGGACGACAGUGUGACCGCUGUGCAGAUCGUAGUGUCGGUGAGCCUGAUAACUGCAGACAGUGUAGCGAUGGUGGAAAAUGCUUUGACAAAUGGUACGACUUGAUCCAAGUGGAAUCUAACAAAGUGAACAGCCUGGAACACAAUGUCACUGAAAUGUUGAAGGCAUUUGGAGGUUCUUCGGUUACUGUCGAUAGUAUUAAUAAAACUAUACAAGAACUGAAUAAGAAUUUAUCCUACGCUGAUGGCGUGUUUAAUGGCGCUCAGUAUAACACUAAAGAUAAACAAGAACAGAUCAAUAGAAUCCAAGCAUCAAUUGACGACUUACAUCGACGGCUUAACGAAUCUAGUCGAAUCAUCAACGAUGCUAACAGCUAUAUCAAGUCAACGGUCGAGGGCUUCAAUGGCACGGUGAUGGUCAUGAAACUCGAUCAAUCAGGACCUGAGCUUGACAACACCGGUUCCGUCGUGUUUGCUGAUUAUUCGACGCUUAUGGCAAUGGCAGUGACGUAUCGAAACAGAAUUGUAAAAUUGAACGAAACUGGACACGAAUCGUUCAGAAAUAUCUCAACGAAAUAUGAAGCGAUCAAGCUUGCGAAUGAAACCGCUGCUCAAGCUGCACAAAAUAUUAGUAACGCAAUGAAACAACUCACCCAAGUCUCCUUGCGGCGGACUGAAGUUGAAGAGAGACUGGGUUCAACGUUUCAAGCCGAGUUGCAAAACAGUAGUGCAAUUCUUGAUGAAAUAAAAAAAUGCAGUGACGAAAUCAAGAAGUUGCUUACUUCAGCUAUUGCACUAGGAAAUAACGCCACUUCAACCGUUAACGAGGCAGAAACGAUUGCAAAGAACGCCAAUACAACUGUACACCAAAGGAAACUAGAAGCUGAAAAAGCAUUAGCUGAUGCAAACAACGCACUAUCAAGUGCUAAUAAGUCGAGGGAAAAUGCCACUAACGCACGGAAUAUGGCCGCGCAGUUUAAGGUCAACGCUUCUGCUGUUCUGGCAGACUCACAAGCAGCCCUGAAAAACGUCACUGAUGGUAUAAAUACAAUGGCAAAGGCCAUGAACCAGUCACGUGACUCGCAAGUCAUUGCUGAUAGGGUAACUGGAAUGGUUAUGCCUGUUUCCUUGGAUACCAUCAAGGGAUUAACCAAUGAAAUCAAAGAUAUUAAAGUGGAUGAAGCGCUUAUUAACAAAACUUAUGAGGGAGCUGAUGACGGACUGAAAAAGGCUCAAGAAGUCGAGAAAUUGUCUAAUAAAGCCAUAGAAACAGCCCGGAAAACCCUGGAUGAGGUCCAGAGGAUUGAAAAGUCCAUCAAGAGCUCGAACGAAUUACGAAAUGAAACAGUAAAUAUGCAGAAACAGACUGACGAGAAGGUCAAGCAAAUUGAAAACAUCACUCGAGCGAUAGAGGACAGGUUUGGAAAUGCGUCAAUGAUUGGUAAAGAAACUCUUCAGUUAAUCAACAAGACAAUAGAUACUGUCGACGAAAGCCUGAAUUGCUUUAAUGCAUCUAAAAGAACAGUUGAGGCAGCGGUUGUCAGAGCGGAGAAAGCCUACAAUCUGAGUCUAACAGCUGAAAAGUUGAACGAAACUGUAAAUGCAAACAUCACAAAGCUAGCACAAAUGGUCGAACCUUUGGCAGCCAUCGCCCAAGCCAACUACACAAGUAUAGUCAAGGCUUAUAACGAUUCUGUACAACUAUAUAAAGAUGUCAAUCAGGCAGAAGUACUUCUGGACGAAUACAUCAAACAGCGAAAAGAAAUGGAAACCCUUCAAAAUGAAACACUAUCCUUAGAAAAAGAACUGGAUCUUCUUAUAAAAGACUUUGGAGAACAAGAAAAGAAAUACAGUUCGUGUCGUGAACCAUAACACGUGACCACUUCUCAAGUUGAUUGACGUUGAAUACUUUGAUUGAAGUCUGAAUCUAAGCAUUCAGCCUGAUGGUCCUUACUAGCCAGCUACGUGACCAACACAGAUUUUUACGCCGAGUGUAAAUAUAAGACAAUUCUCUGUUGAUUGGAAGGCAAGGGUCAGUGAAGGGCUCUAAGAAUGUUCGUAGCAUUAAUGUAGUUAGAUAUAUAUUUUGCGCUUUUCUAUUUUCAAGAAAAUAAUUUUAAGAACAUUUUGAUUCGUCUUCAUUAAGUAGACGCAAAUUUCGUACGCGCGGAGUCUUUACGCGCCCUCCAUACAGGGUGCGCGCCCAGAACCCUCAACGUCUGAAAUCUGAGCACUCAAGGUGAUUAUAAAAAAAGAAAUAUAUUUCCAUUUCAUGAUAAUUUGAGAAUCAUGAUAUUAAUUUCUUAGUACGUUUUUAUGUUUGUUUUAAAGCAACUUUUUCUGUUUAUACUCGUAUUGCAAGGAGCUCAUAGGAGAAACUGGAGACCAUUAGUGUUUCAUUGAGGAAGAAAGUCACUUUGUUGAGUGAGAUUCUAUUGACAUACUUGUAUAUGUCUUCAUGAUAUUUUUAAAUUCAAUUGAACAGAUAAUACAUAAACGUAACUCAUGUCACUCAUGUGGGUUGUCUUGUCAAUUCGAUGCAUGCGGAUACCUUUAAAAAUUUGGCACUAAAUUCCUUCAAUUGCAUGAUGAGAAGUUUAUAAUUGCAUUGCAUGAUGGGAAGUUAAAAAUUCCAUUGCAUUAUGGGAAGUUAAAAAUUCCAUUGCAUUGCAUUAUGGGAAUUUUUUCAAAUUUCAUUUCAUUGUAUGAUGGGAAGUUUGAAACUCGAUUUCAUUAAGUUUUAAAGGUGACCUCAUCGUAGGUUUUUAUACGCAUAUACAAUGGGAUCAUAUUCCCUACAAAAUAUAGUGUGAAAAUAUUGUAAAUAAUAUAAUAUUUAUGAACUGCUUCGUAGCUUUGCUAUGUAGAUUAAUAUAAAUAACAGCUAUGAAGAGUUAGAAAUUGUAUAAUUGAAAUGAUUAUUCUCAAAGUAAUGAUUAUUUUUAAUAAUGCUAAAAGUGACAUUAAGUGGCUUAAAAGACGACGUUUAUAUGCGUUGUGUAUUCACCUUACGUGAUAAAAACGCUAGCUGUUACGUGCGUUAAAUGGUUACUUCACGUGAAAGGAAUGUCAAGUAUUGCUGGAUGUUCUGAGGAUUGUACACUUCACAUGUCCGCUUGAUUUUUAUACUUGAAUGAAAUAAAAAAAUGAACUUUUGUAA